AUGUCUAAGAUCUUUCAAACCGGCGCUCUUCUAGCGGCCCUCCUCUCCAGUGUCGCUGGCCACACCUCCGUCGAGAAGUUCGAAGCCGGCGGCAAGACCUACCAAGGCUUCCGCCAGGCCUCCAAACAAGACCCAGGCAACCAAUCACCUGCAUGGUGGACCGGUCAAGGUUGGGGCUACCAGCCUGUCUUCGGUGACAAACUGGCACACCCAGACAUCAUCGCGCACAUCAACGGCUCUCCUUCCCCAUACACGGCUCCCGUUCAGGCCGGAUCCAAAGUCACGUUCCACUGGCACCACGAGGGGUCCUGCAAGAACGGCGAGGAGGGCUGGGACUGCAGCCACCACGGCUGGACCGCCACAUGGCUCGCCCCUUGCAACGGCGACUGCAAGAACGUCGACAAGACGCAGCUCCAGUUCUUCAAGAUCCACCAGAGCGCCCUGAUCGACUACCGCCCCGGCCGCUACUCCCAGGGCCCCAAGCAAGAGCAGUCCGGCUACUGGGGCACUGACGCCAUCUUCUACGAUAACAGCAAUUCGCAGACUGUCAAGAUCCCCAGCGAGAUUCCGAAUGGGAACUAUGUUCUCCGAACUGAGGUAGCUUCCAUUCACAAUAACGGACCAGACGUUUCUCAGAGGCAGUUCUGGCCGCAAUGUUUUUCUAUCAACGUUUCCGGUGGUGAUGAUAGUGCCAAAAUGCCUGCGGGUAAGAAGGGUACGGAGCUGUACCACGCAAAUGAUGCUCUGCUUCAGUGGAACCUCUACUGGCAUGAGGCUGGCAAGACGUUCCCAGAUUCUCCUGGUCCUGCAUUGGCAUCUGUCGCUCAGUCGAAGGCUCGUAGGAGCCACCCAAGGGAGUUCUCUUCUUGA